AUGGUGAAUGAUUCCACCGUGGGGGGUGCUAGCACCCUGCCGAAACAACCCAAGUACAUCCUGGGGCUAGAAGGGAGUGCAAACAAACUGGGGGUCAGCAUUAUAAAUAGCGAUUUUCAAAUUCUGAUGAACAUGAGAAGAACAUAUGUCUCUGAAAUUGGCUGCGGAUUUAUCCCGAGGCAAAUUAAUGCACACCACAAGUACUACAUCAUCGACAUGAUUAAAGACUGUCUCAACAAAUUGAAGAUAAAGAUAACGGACAUACAUUUAAUAUGCUAUACAAAAGGGCCAGGAAUAGGCUCCGCCCUGUACAUUGCCUACAACAUAAGCAAAUUUUUCUCCCUCCUAUUCAACAUUCCAGUGAUAGGAGUCAACCACUGCAUUGCUCACAUCGAAAUGGGUAUUUUCAUAACCAAGCUUUAUCACCCCAUCAUUUUAUACGUUAGUGGAAGUAACACACAGAUCAUUUACUUCAACGAUCACAAGAAGACGUACGAAAUUAUUGGAGAGACUUUAGACAUAGCCAUUGGAAAUGUCAUCGACAGGUCCGCCAGGAUUCUCAGAAUUUCAAAUUCUCCUUCUCCUGGGUCCAAGACGCCCCAUAAACCAAUGAGGGAGGACCCGUGUGAUUACACCGAACUGCUCUUCUUCCCCUACACCAUAAAAGGGAUGGACAUCUCGUUCAGCGGGUACGACUACUACGUGAGUAAAUAUUUCUCCAAGUAUUUAACCAAGCGAGGCAAAAAGGGGAAGAGCGACGACGGGGGGAAGACACCACCAGAUGAUGAAAACGCUCCCAAGAGGAAGAUGCGGCACGACGGGGAAGAAGCCAAUGAGGGGAAGAACAACCAGGGGGAAAAAACAGAAGCGGAUGACGUCAAUGGUGAGGAAGAUGCCGAUGGAGAGGGCGACACAAAUGGUGCUGCUGAAAAUGAUGGCACACAACACUUUCCGAAACCCAACUUGAGCAUUCACGCGGGCGUGCAGGGCAGCUCCUACUACGAAGAGAAUGUCAUCUGCAACAUCGGCGGGAAGAAGAACUACGGGGAGGACGACCACUACGCGGAAGAGGAAGAUGGUGCCAUCGAGACGGAGAGCGAUUUUUUUGACUCCAGUUCGGACGAAGGCACGGCGGGGAGCGACAAAGAGGGAGGGAAUCUUUGCAAUGCCCCUAAACAAGACAAACCACACAACGGCGCCAACCUGACGGACGAAGAGAAGAGGAAAAUACAAAUCUGUUACAGUCUGCAGCACCACAUAUUUAGCAUGCUCAUUGAAAUCAGCGAACGAGCCAUCGCCUUCACGAACAGCAAGGAGGUCAUUAUCGUGGGGGGAGUUGGCUGCAACGUUUUCCUACAAAACAUGAUGAAGAAAAUGGCCAAACAGAAAAACAUAAAAAUUGGAUUUAUGGACCACAGCUACUGUGUGGACAACGGUGCCAUGAUUGCCUACACGGGGUACCUUGAAUUCUUGAACACCAAAAAUAAGGAAGUCUACAACUUUAAUAAUAUAAGUAUCCAACAGAGGUAUCGGACAGACGACGUGCUCGUCACGUGGAGGUAG